AUGAGUGACGGAAAGAAGUACGACCCAGGCAAGGACAGCCUUCAGAUGCUGGAGCGCAUCAACGUCCAGCUUAGAGGAUGUCUUCUGGCCUCGUUUCCCUGCGCGUACGAGCAGUAUGUUUGUAUCUCAAUGCCAGGUACUAUCAUCGAUACACGCCGUGGAGGAUCUUAUCUUCCCGAGGGCGAGAAGGCCUCUGCCGACGUGAGAAACAAGAUCCAGAUCAACGAGGCUAUGCUUGUUGACUCUAUGAUUCCCCUGGACAAAGUAAUGCUUGGUGCAACUGGAAAGAGUGUCACCAGAAGUUACUACACCGCACUAGACAUGCUUGUUCCUCGUAAGACGGAUAUUGGCUCCGUGGAUGUCUCCACUGAUUUCAGUGCCGAUAGCAAGAGCCCGUAUAGUGAGGCUAUGCGCUUCCUUCGCUCCAAGGAGUCCAUUCUGACCCCGAACUCCGAGAUCAAGGGUUCAAAGGUUGCACUGGCCAAGGAUAAGGCCGCUCAGAUUGGCAUCCAGGGCACUGUUGUGGAUAGAUACGUCCAAAAGCAAAUUGCUUGGUCGGAGGCUCGUGGUAAAUGGGAUGCUGUCCGCAGCGAAGCUGCUGAGGCACGCGAAUCGCGCCCUGAUUCACAAUCCGCUGCGGCAUUCAGCUCCCGCCAGAAGGACAUCAAGCGGGCACAGGGUGAACUGCACGCCCGUUGGAUGGACUGGGUUGUCAACGGUGACAAGUUCCGUGUUGAUUACUGUUUUGCCCUUGUUGACCGGGACUCCGUCAUGGCAAGAAUUGAGAAGGCCAAGGAGGCAACUCGUGAUGCCAUGGUAUCAGGCAUUGAUGGAACGGACUGGGCGGUAGUGAGUCUUGAGCCACAACACUGGGCUACCCUCUGCCGGGAGAAAGCUCUUGCCUGGGCUGAGAGGAAUCCGGUGGAUGUCGAGUUCCUAGAAAUGCGGAUCGACAAUUUGAGAAGAAUGCUCGCAUCCUAUGAGGUUUAUGACACGCAAUUCUUGGACCCAACCAAGGACAAUGAGAAGAAGUCUGGAAGUGGAAAUCCAGCUAAUGAGGCCAGAGAACCCAAGAAUGAAGGUGGAGGCAGCUCACCUGGUACUAUCAAACCCACUGAAGUAACGACAAGCAACUCGAGCAAGUCAGAGGUUGAGGUCGCUGAGGAUGAAAUAAAGGGGGCUCUUGCUGAGAUAUACACGUAUGAGGUGGCUAUCAACGAAGCCAAGAAGAAAAAGGAUUGGAAAAAGGAAGAUGUGAAGCCUGACGAGGACAAGUUGGAAGCAGCCAAGGAAAGAUGGGUUGAAGCCAGCGCGAAGCUCAACGGGCUUCGAACACAGAUUGAUGUAUCCAAGCUGGAGGGCGCCGGUCGCCAAGCCAUGAGAACUAACGUCCUAGACCACAUCGAGGCUUUGAGGUCUCAGAUUGCAGCUCUCCAAGCCAGAAUCGACAAGGCAAGUGGCGGACCUAGCGGCCUGGUUUUGGGUGUCAGAAAAGACAAGACCAUCAUGCGAAGCGGUGACGGUGAUGCGGAACUCCCUGCACAAGCCUCAAAGCCAGGCAAUGAGAAGAGUGCCGAUGUGUGGACCAAGAUCCAAUUUGAUGUUGGCUCCAAGAACGAUUCUCGUAAGACCAACGAGACCAACCUCAAUGGCUCCUUCAGUGCUGAAGUUGGGGCGUGGUGGAGCUCGGUCAAGGCUCAAACCACUGUCUCCUCAUCCAACAAGGAAAUUGAAAGCAAGAUGGCUGAAUGUUCAGUUUCAGGAUCAUUCUCUGCAAUGGUUGUGACCAUUCGUCGUCCCUGGCUUCAUGCGGAUCUGUUCCAGGACUUUGACAUUGAUAUUCCCCAGGAUACUAGUCUUAGCCCAGGUGCAAAGACAAUGCGCCAUUGGAUUGAGAAUGGAGAUGAGACCACCACUGAUAAGCGUACCAACUAUGGGAAGUUUCCUGCUUAUCCCACCUCAUUCAUAGUUGCUGCGGAUACAGUGCUCGAGUUCAAAACCGACGAACGCAGCAGUUCGCAAAUGAUGAGUUCUCUUGCCACAGACAGCUCGAUCCAGGCAAGCUAUGGUCCAUGGGGUCUGAAGACAGGUGCAACGCUCAAAACGGAUAAUAAACAGUCUUCCCAGAAAAUGAGUGUGAACGGUGGAACUUUGCGAAUCGAGUUCCAGGCACCCCAGAUAAUUGGUUGGGUGUCUGAGAUUUUGCCUCAGUUGCCGCGUAACAAAGAUGGUCUUGGUGGGUUGAAUGCACCGCCAAACAUGGCUUUCCGUUCAAAUCUGUGA